AUGUCUGUUGCACUCGCUGUUUGGAGCGUUCGCGUCGAGCCAGGAAAGAUAAGCAAGGUCGUUCCUCAGGGAGAUAUCCGCAUCACGGGUGCUGCACUCGAUGCUGAGCUCAAAGACCAGAAAACGCGUUCAUCCGUCAAGCUCACAUACAUGAUACCUCAGGCUGCCGACGAGGACGAAGAAGAGCAAGAUGAAGAGCCUCUUCCUUCGACUACUUCGGUUGUGCUCUGCUCGUUGAUUCCUGGACAGAUUGAGCAAUCUUCUGUUGACCUCGUUAUUAACGAAGAUGACGAAGUAGACUUCGAAAUUGUCGGGAAAAAUGCUAUUUACCUCAGUGGAAACUACAUUAGUAUGCGGCUUGAACAAUCUCCGCAACUCACGGGCUUCUCUGCUAACGAAUCGUCCGAAUUUUAUAGCGACGAAGAGACCUACGAUCUUCGCGACGUCAGCUCAGAUGUUGAAAUGGACGCUUCUGAACUUGACGAGUUAGAGGAGGAUAGUGAAGAAGAAGAUUCUCACCGCUUCGAGGAAAUAAAAGAUGACGCAGAAGAAGCUAAAGCUGUGGUGUCGGGAAAGAAACGUCCUCGCGAGCCCGAUGUCGCCGAGUCAGCAAUAGACGGCGAGACCAAACUUAGCAAGAAGCAGCAGAAGAAGUUGAACAAGAAGUUGAAGGCUGAGGGUGGCGAGGCAGUACCUAAUGGCGAGGUAUCUGCGGAGAAGAAACCCGAAGAAAAGAAGCCGGUGGAGAAGACGGAAGAGAAAAAGGGGAAAGAGAAAAAAAAGGAGAAGAAAGAGGGAGAAAAGGCUGCGCCGAAGAAGCCGGGUGAACUUAAGGAACUUCCGAAUGGCCUGAAGGUUAAGGAUGCCAAGACUGGCACUGGGAAGGCGGCUAAGAAAGGUGAUAUGAUUUCCAUGCGCUAUAUUGGCAAGUUUACAAACGGCAAGGUAUUUGAUCAAAAUACCCAGGGAAAGCCAUUCACUUUUAAACUCGGUGCUGGGGAAGUGAUUAAAGGCUGGGACGAAGGCAUCGCCGGCAUGCAAGCAGGAGGCGAGCGUCUCCUCAUUGUACCUCCAAACCUGGGAUACGGCGCUCGCAAGAUUGAUGGUAUCCCUGCUAACUCUACACUCAGAUUCGAAUGCAAGCUUCUUGAGAUCAAGAGUUGA